CCGCAGCCACCGCCGCCGCCGCCUCGGAGCCCGGGCCUGGGGGGCGGUGGGGCUGCGCAUGGAGCCCCCGCCCCCCGGAGCUGCCAACACCGCCGCCGCGCUACACACAGGUACCCCUGGGAUGGCGUGAGCGCUCGCCCAGCAAUGGACCCUUCUGUGACGCUGUGGCAGUUUCUGCUGCAGCUGUUGAGAGAGCAAGGCAAUGGCCACAUCAUCUCCUGGACCUCCCGGGAUGGUGGUGAGUUCAAGCUGGUGGAUGCUGAGGAGGUGGCCCGGCUCUGGGGGCUGCGCAAGAAUAAGACCAACAUGAAUUAUGACAAGCUCAGCCGGGCCUUGCGGUACUACUAUGAUAAGAACAUCAUCCGCAAAGUGAGUGGCCAGAAGUUCGUCUACAAGUUUGUGUCCUACCCCGAGGUCGCGGGGUGCUCCACUGAGGACUGCCCACCCCAGCCUGAGGUGUCUGUCACCUCCACUGUGGCAAAUGUGGGCACCACAGCUGUACACGCCGUCCCCGGGGACACUGCCUCUGGGAAGCCAGGCACACCCAGGGGUGCAGGAGUGGCAGGCCCGGGCGGCUUGGCACGCAGCAGCCGGAAUGAUUACAUGCGCUCGGGCCUCUAUUCCACCUUCACCAUCCAGUCCCUGCAGCCGCAGCCACAGCCGCCCUCUCAUCCUCGGCCUUCCACAGUGCUCCCCAACACCGCCCAUGCAGGAGCAGCAGUGCCCCCUUCGGGGAGCGGGAGCACCAGCCCAAGCCCCUUGGAGGCCUGCCUGGAGGCUGAGGAGGCUGGCCUGCCUCUGCAGGUCAUCCUGACCCCACCCGAGGCCCCAAACCUUAAAUCCGAAGAGCCAAAUAUGGAGCCUGGGUUGGGCCGGCCACUGCCCCCAGAAGUCAAAGUGGAAGAGCCCAAGGAAGAGUUAGAAGCCUCAGCCACUGGGGAGGCGGGGUUUGUCCUGGAAGCCGUCAAGGCCGAGCCCUUUGAGCCCAAGGCCGAGCCAGAAGCCCCUCCCGCGGAGGGCGUGCCAGCCCGGCUGCCCGCUGUCGUUAUGGACACUGCGGCGCCGGUGGGCGGCCUUGCGGCUUCCACAACCUCCAGCACGGAGAUCGCCCAGCCUCAGAAGGGCCGGAAGCCUCGGGACCUGGAGCUUCCACUCAGCCCGAGCUUGCUGGGUGGGCCGGGACCCGAACGGACUCCGGGAUCGGGAACUGGUUCCGGUCUGCAGGCGCCAGGCCCAGCGCUGACGCCUUCCCUGCUACCUACGCACACAUUGACCCCGGUGCUGCUGACGCCCAGCUCGCUGCCCCCCAGCAUUCACUUCUGGAGCACCCUGAGUCCCAUUGCACCCCGUAGCCCGGCCAAGCUCUCCUUCCAGUUUCCGUCCAGUGGCAGCGCCCAGGUGCACAUCCCUUCCAUCAGCGUGGAUGGCCUCUCAACCCCCGUGGUGCUCUCCCCAGGGCCCCAGAAGCCAUGACUAUCACCACCACCACCACCACCACCACCCCUUUCUGGGGUCACUCCAUCCAUGCCCUGAACUUCUCUCCAGCCAGCCGUCUCAAGGAGAAGCAUAGUUCAGCUGACAGACUCGUGCUGUGGUCAUGGUCGGGUGGGGAUUCUGAGGAAAAAGGAUCUCUCAGUAACCCUUCCACAGAAAA